AUGUCGCAACAUCCAAUCCACUAUCCACCCCCUCCGACUCAAGGAGCUCCGUACUCUCAAUCUCAGAAUGCCCCAUCUUUCCCACCACCACCUCAACCCUCACCGGGAUUUCCUCAACAGUCCUCCGGAUUUCCUCAGCCCUCUCCUGGCUUCCCGCCGCCCAAUUUCAGCUAUCCGCCUCCUCCCACUCAACAACCUCAUGCGCAAACAGACUUUCCCCCGCCGCCGUCUGUGAGCCCGCCAGCGAGCGAGAAGACCUAUGCCAGCCAUAACCAGGCACCAUAUGCGGCCAACACAGCCCUCCCUCAAUCACCACCCCCUCCAGCUAGCGAAAAGACGUACGCAUCGCAAAAUGCUCCGGCGUAUGCUACGGCUCCAAAGCCAACACCACCCCCUGCCUCGCAUGCAGCGUCGCAAUCAGUCGGCGGUGGAUCCUUUGUAGGAGCCACAUCCACAGCAGCAGACGAUGUGGGAACCUUCAAUGGUGGAAGUUAUCGGAUCAGUCAUCGAGAUAGCAACACCCUUCUCACACUUCAGCUUGCCGUCGGAUGCCCGCUCCAGGUGAAACCAGGCGUCAUGAUCGGGAUGUCUCCUACAAUGACGCUCAAGGGUACAUUAUCCUUCGGGCUGAUCAAAUUCAUUGCUGGAGGUGAGAUGGCAAUGUCCACAUACACCGGACCAGGUGAACUCCUGAUCGCGCCAACCGUUCUCGGCGACAUCACUAUCAUUCGAAUUUCACAGGGACAAGAGUGGAAAGUCGGUCGAGAUGCUUUCCUCGCUUGCACAACCGGCGUCAAGCACGACCACAAAGCGCAGAGCUUGGCCAAGACCUUUUUCUCCGGCGAGGGUCUCUGGGUUUACAAGUUCCAUGGCGCCGGUUUGCUCUGGAUACAGAGUUUCGGAGCAAUACUCAAGAAGGAACUCGUAGAGGGGGAGACAUACUUCGUCAACAAUGGCCAUCUUGUAGCCUGGAACUGCAAGUACCAGCUCGAGCGCGUCGCCUCGGGUGGUAUUAUCUCCAACAUCAGCGCAGGCGAGGGUCUGGCUUGUAAAUUCAUCGGCCCUGGUACUGUAUACCUUCAGACCAGGAAUGUGGCAGCAUUCGCCAUGCAGAUUGGCGGGGCGAAAUUACGUUGA